AUGCCACUGCCAUCUUUGUCCAAUAUUCCCUUGAGUCUUGCACUCCCUGCUGCGGCAACCACACUUGCAUAUCUUAACGCAAGAUGGGCAGUCUCCUACGAUUUGAGCCUCCUCAAGGGGAUGUUGAAGAUGUCCGUAAAGUCCCGCGUCGCCGAACGUGGCGACCGCUUGAACCUCUUCUACGUACUGGAAGCCCAUGCACUCGAUCCUAAAAGUGCAGACAACGAUUUUAUUGUGUAUAAUGGGAAAACAACGACUUUCCACGAAGCCUACAUAAUGGUUAUUCGCUAUGGAGCGUGGUUCAAGAACGUUCACGGCAUCAAGCGCAAGGAGAUCGUCGCGAUCGACUUCAUGAACUCUUCCACUUUCAUCUUCAUGCUGCUGGGACUAUGGAGUAUUGGAGCAGUCCCUGCGUUUAUCAAUUACAACUUGUCUGGCAAGCCGCUCACUCACUCCAUUCGAACGUCCACCGCGAGGCUCUUGGUGGUUGAUGAAGAAGUUCGCCACUGCUUCCCGGCGGAGCAGGAGAAGAUUUUGACAUCUCCGAGCUUCCGCGAUGGCAAGGGACCGGUUGAAAUCGUGUUUCAUACCCCCGAGGUGGAAGCGCAGAUUUUGGGGAUGGAGCCUACGCGAGAGGAUGACAAGGUCCGCAGUGGCUUGAUCCCUCGCGAUAUGGCCAUUUUAAUUUACACAAGUGGCACCACCGGGCUGCCCAAACCCGCUAUUGUCAGUUGGAAGAAGUGCUGGUCUGGUAGUUUGUUCGUCAAAGAUUGGUUGAACAUUACUUCCUCUGACAGAUUCUUCACGUGCAUGCCUCUUUACCAUAGCUCGGCUGCAGUGCUUGGGUUUAUAACCUGCUUGAUGGGCGGAUCCACCCUGAUUAUUGGCCGCCGGUUCUCUGCGCGCAACUUCAUCAAGGAGGCUCGCGAGAACGAUGCGACAAUUAUCCAAUAUGUGGGCGAGACACUACGUUAUCUAUUGGGUGUAGCGCCUGAAAUUGACCCGGCUACCGGCGAGGACCUUGACAAGAAGCACAAUAUCCGUCUGGCGUUCGGAAAUGGACUGCGCCCCGAUAUCUGGAACCGCUUCAAAGAGCGCUUUAACAUCCCCACAAUCGCCGAGUUCUACGCCGCCACCGAAGGCACCGCAGGCGCAUGGAACGUUUCGUCGAACGACUUCUCGGCGGGUGCCAUCGGCCGAAACGGUGCUUUGGGAAAUAUUAUCCUUGGUCGUGGCUCUGCCAUUGUGGAUGUUGAUCACGAGACCGAGGAACCGUGGCGUAACCCCAAGACUGGUCUCUGCAAGAAUGUCCCUCGAGGUGAUCCCGGUGAGUUGCUGUUCGCCAUCGAUGCAGCGGAUCCCACUGCCAAUUUCCAAGGCUACUUCGGAAACAAGAAGGCAACAGAAGGCAAGAUCAUCCGUGAUGUACUCAAGAAGGGCGACGCCUAUUUCCGGACUGGUGACAUGGUUCGAUGGGACAAGGACGGCCGGUGGUUCUUCUCGGAUCGCCUGGGUGAUACAUUCCGGUGGAAGAGCGAGAACGUAUCCACCAGCGAGGUUUCCGAGGUUCUGGGCGCGCAUUCUGAUGUGCACGAAGCCAAUGUUUACGGCGUGUCUCUUCCCAACCAUGAUGGCCGUGCCGGAUGUGCAGCCAUCCUCUUCAACCAGCAGAUAAACCUUCCCCGGUUUGCGGCUCCGCUGUUCUUGCGGGUUACGCCUGUGACGCAGUCAACCGGUAACAACAAGCAACAGAAGCAUGUUCUCCGCAAUGAGGGCGUGGAUCCAGCUCUUGUGUCGAAGAAGGAUCGACUCUACUGGCUCCAGGGUAAUACCUAUGUCCCCUUUGGACAGAGGGAUUGGGAACGGUUGACUGGUGGUCAGGUUCGACUUUGA